CCACCCCUCGUCCCCCCAGGGUGGCUCCACGGGUCACGGUCGCCGCCUGCUCCGGCCAGCUGCCGGCAGCCUGGUCCCCGAGGGAGCGGGGCUUGCAGCGAGGCCGCUCGAUCCGGCGCAACCAUGGACCGAAAAGUGGCCCGAGAAUUCCGGCACAAGGUGGACUUCCUGAUUGAAAACGAUGCGGAGAAAGACUAUCUCUACGAUGUGCUGCGGAUGUACCACCAGGCCAUGGAUGUGGCUGUGCUGGUGGGAGACCUGAAGCUGGUCAUCAACGAGCCCAGCCGCCUGCCACUAUUUGACGCCAUCCGGCCCCUGAUCCCACUGAAACACCAGGUGGAAUACGAUCAGCUGACCCCACGGCGCUCCAGGAAGCUGAAGGAGGUACGUCUGGACCGUCUGAACCCCGAAGGCCUCGGCCUCAGCGUGCGAGGUGGCCUUGAGUUUGGCUGUGGGCUCUUCAUUUCCCAUCUCAUCAAAGGAGGUCAGGCCGACAGCGUUGGGCUGCAGGUCGGAGAUGAGAUCGUCCGGAUCAAUGGCUACUCCAUCUCCUCCUGCACUCAUGAAGAGGUCAUCAACCUCAUCCGAACCAAGAAGACUGUGUCCAUCAAAGUGAGGCACAUCGGCCUGAUCCCUGUGAAAAGCUCUCCCGAUGAGCCACUCAAAUGGCAGUAUGUGGACCAGUUUGUGUCAGAAUCCGGGGGUGGGCGGGGCAGCCUGGGCUCACUCGGGAGUCGGGAGCACAAGGAGAAGAAAGUUUUCAUCAGCCUGGUGGGCUCCCGGGGCCUCGGCUGCAGCAUCUCCAGUGGCCCCGUCCAGAAACCCGGCAUCUUCAUCAGCCACGUGAAGCCUGGCUCCCUGUCUGCAGAGGUGGGACUGGAGACAGGGGACCAGAUCGUUGAAGUCAACGGGAUCGACUUCUCUAACCUGGACCACAAGGAGGCCGUGAAUGUGUUGAAGAGCAGCCGCAGCCUGACCCUCUCCAUCGUGGCUGGAGCGGGCCGGGAGCUGUUCAUGACUGAUCGGGAACGGCUGGCUGAGGUGCGGCAGCGGGAGCUGCAGCGGCAGGAGCUUCUGAUGCAGAAGCGGCUGGCCAUGGAGUCCAACAAGAUUCUGCAGGAGCAGCAGGAGAUGGAGCGGCAGAGGAGAAAGGAGAUUGCCCAGAAGGCUGCCGAAGAGAAUGAGCGGUACCGGAAGGAGAUGGAGCAGAUCGUGGAGGAGGAAGAGAAGUUUAAGAAGCAGUGGGAGGAAGACUGGGGCUCAAAGGAGCCACUGCUGCUGCCCAAGACCAUCACUGCCGAGGUGCACCCUGCACCCCUCCGCAAGCCCAAGUCCUUUGGGUGGUUUUAUCGUUAUGACGGCAAAUUCCCCACCAUCCGGAAGAAAGGGAAAGAUAAGAAGAAAGCCAAGUAUGACAGCCUGCAGGAGUUGAAAAAGAAUAAGAAGGAGCUGGAGUUUGAGCAAAAGCUUUACAAAGAGAAAGAGGAAAUGCUGGAGAAGGAAAAACAGCUAAAGAUCAACCGGCUGGCCCAGGAGGUGUCUGAGACAGAGCGAGAAGACCUGGAGGAAUCGGAAAAGAUUCAGCAUUGGGUGGAGAGGCUCUGCCAGACACGCCUUGAGCAGAUUUCCUCCGCUGACAAUGAAAUCUCAGAGAUGACCACUGGGCCUCCGCCUCCCCCACCUUCUGUGUCUCCCCUUGCUCCACCCCUGAGACGUUUUGCAGGUGGACUGCACCUACAUACCACUGACCUGGAUGACAUCCCCUUGGACAUGUUCUACUACCCCCCCAAGACGCCCUCGGCCUUGCCCGUCAUGCCCCACCCUCCCCCCUCCAACCCACCCACCAAGAUCCCAGCACCCCCUGUUCUUCCCUCACCGGGCCAUGUGAGCACCUCAUCUUCUCCAUGGAUGCAACGCACUCCACCACCCAUCCCUAUCCCUCCCCCGCCAUCCAUUCCUACCCAAGACCUCACUCCUACCCGCCCACUGCCCUCGGCACUGGAAGAGGCCCUGGGCAAUCACCCCUUCCACACUGGUGACAUGAGCAACCCCACAGAGGACUGGGAGGCCAAGAACCACGGCAGGAAGCCCACAGGCUCCCCUGUUCUUGAGCGGAGCUUCCCUCCCACCUCAAAGACAUUUUGCCCAAGCCCACAGCCUCCACGAGGCCCUGGCGUGUCCACCAUCUCCAAACCUGUCAUGGUCCACCAGGAGCCCAAUUUUAUCUACAGGCCAGCUGUGAAGUCCGAGGUUCUGCCACAGGAGAUGUUGAAGAGGAUGGUGGUGUAUCAGACGGCAUUCAGACAAGACUUCCGAAAAUAUGAAGAAGGCUUUGACCCCUACACCAUGUUCAGCCGAGAGCAAAUCAUGGGGAAAGACGUCAGGCUUCUGCGCAUUAAGAAGGAAGGUGCCCUGGACCUGGCCUUGGAAGGUGGUGUGGAUUCCCCAGUUGGGAAAGUGGUCGUCUCAGCUGUGUAUGAGGGGGGAGCAGCUGAACGGCAUGGUGGUAUCGUGAAAGGGGAUGAGAUCAUGGCCAUCAACGGCAAGAUAGUGACAGACUACACGCUGGCUGAGGCCGAAGCCACGCUGCAGAAGGCUUGGAACCAGGGCGGGGACUGGAUCGACCUGGUCAUUGCCGUCUGUCCCCCCAAGGAGUAUGAUGAUGAGCUCGCUUCCCUUCCCUCCUCCGCAGCUGAAAGCCCCCAGCCAGUCCGAAAGCUCCUCGAAGACCAGGCUCCCGUGUACAGACACGGGUUCCUCCUACAGCUGGAGCCCACGGUGAAUAGGCUGGCAGGCAGGCCACAGGGCCUGGCUGGCCAUGAUGUGUGCUGUGGCCAUUUGUUGUCCAUGCUGCUGGCAGGUUCUUUGGACUGGCAUCUGGAUGGGCACAUGUGCUGCCUAAGGCCACAAUGGCUCAUAGAGAUGCUGCAUCAGUGACAUGGGUCAGUCAGGUGCUCUGGCCCCAGGGACGCACAUGGUGCCCAGUGGAGCUCGGCAUUGUUCCCUGGCAGGCACAGACAAGGCUUCAAGCCAGGCAUGCUGGGCUAAAUGUGCCCAUAGGAAAGCCAGCCUGAGUUUUGCCCAACCCAAGACCUGCCUCAGCAACAUGUGCCACCCCUUUCUGUGUGUGCCAGCCUGCUCCACCUGGCUCCAUGCUGGGACAGAGCUAGGUCUCUGAAGAGACUUCUCCAGUUGGUCCAAAGAAUCUGGGUUGCUGAGGAAGAGGGUUCAUGUCCUGCUCUGGCCUGGCCUGGGCUGGGUGCUGCUUGGGCCAAGCCUUCCUCGGUGCCUUCUGGCCCCCUGGGCUCCAGGUUCUGUGGGACAUGCCAUGGAGCCUGACUCCAGCAUGUGCUUCCCUCCCAGUGGCAGGUGGCUGUGAAACUAAACCUUGAUGUGGGCCGAAGCCCACAGCCGGCAGCAUCUGGGGCAGACCCAAGCCCGGACCUGUCAGUUUUUCUAUGACAAGGUCCUCAAAACAUUAGGGCCCCAUGCUCCCAACAUAGUCUGGCUGCUGCACAGUGGCUCCUGGGAGCCUAAGCGGUCCUAUGUUUUCUGUCGCUUGCUUUUUGCCAAGGACCCCCCAUUCCUCUUCCUGCCUGUCCCCUCUCCCCAUCCCAGUGCCCCUCUGCUUCCUCCUGGGCUUCCUAUGUGUUAUGGCAGUGACUGAUGUGUAACCACUGGGACCUGCACCCAGGAGGGGCCUCC